AAUAGAAAGCAUCGAACUCAGAUUCCUCUUAUGGCACUGUAAAUACCACAUUUAAAUAUUGUAAUUCUUUGGCGCACUGCUCUUUCUCGUCAUACAUAGAUUUCUAUCUACAGUCACGAGCCUACUUGCGUGCGCGCCUCUUUGAUAGGUCGAGUGAGAGAAAAUAAUCACUGCGCUCUGCAAACCGCAAAGCAAAUGAGUUGGGGGAGAAGUUUGAGUGAGUGGGAAAGCCGUGCUUGCUCCUUGGACUGCAUACAAUGAGGAAAUUCUGAGGUGGCAGUCUUCGUUCAGUUACGCUUCCUUUGGCUGUAUGUAACUAAUGGCUAGCUCAUGAACCUGGAUCCUCUUGCGUGGAAUUCUGUUUUCACUUAGAACUCUGCUGCCUGGACAAAUGCAUACAAAUGCAUUUAGGAGCCCAACGGACAAGGAGUGGACACGUUUCUCCAGCAGCAAUAACGAGAACCCUCCUCCUGCUCCUGUCAAUAUGCACAGCAGUACUGUCUGGAGAAGAAGACUACCGAGCACAAGGUGUCGAUAUCCUCCAUUGGCUGGGCCUCACCGGCAGCAGAGAGACCCUCUCCCCUGGGACCAGCUCCUCUUCCCUUCCCUCUCCUUCCUCCUCUACCCCAGGAGCCGGGGUCCUACUCAGCCCGGACUCCCACAUUGAAGCCGCCACAGGGGGUCUGUUCCCGCCGGAGCUCGGUGAGGAGUUUUCUGUUGUGGUUAGCCUGAGCUCCUGGCGAGCGAACAAUGCUUUCCUUUUCAGCGUGCGUGAUGGCAGGGACAAGCUGCAGUUUGGCAUCCAGCUGCUGCCCAGGAAGGUGGUGGUGUACACCGGCGAAAAGGCCUCUGUCUAUUUCACCUACGACGUGCACGACGGGCGCCAGCACUCUUUCGCUGUGGGCGUGCGGCCGCGCUCAGUGUCGUUCCAUGCGGACUGCGGGGCGGUGCAGCAGCGAGAACAGACGCUGACCCGGUCACAGGGGCUAGGGUCUGGAUCUAGAGGCCUGCUCACCCUAGGAAGGAUUAAGUCUAAAGCAGCCCAGUUCCAAGGCUUCAUAUGCCAGCUGGAAAUCUACCCCUCAGCCCAGGCUGCUGCGCGUUACUGCCACUACCUUAAAAAACAGUGCUGGCUGGCCGACACUUUCCGAUCGCCACCCCCCAGCUCGGAUAUGGAGGUUUCCGGCUCCUUGGCUUUCUCCCCUGUUCCUCCUUCUCCAGAGUCCCAGACAGUGGUGGUGCCCCUCUCCCUGGCUGUAGACUCCCAGCAGUCCACCACCCUGGCCGGAUCAGCCCCCAGCCCCUCCCUGGAGGGGUCCGGAACACCGUAUUUAAGCCCCUCAGAGCGGUCUCAACUGGGGGUCAGGACCCAGACCCAGAGCUUCCUGCUGGAGCACCUCACCUCUAUCCAUACCCCCACAGCAGGCCCCAUUGGCCCAUCCUCAGGCACCCUCAGUGGGCUGGAGGCCAUGGAUAUCACACACAUGAGUACCAACUCCAGCUCCAGAUCCAGCCCAACAGGGGGCUCCACCAGGCAGUCUCCCCAGUCUGAGAAUGACACGGAGAAGGAGGAGGAGGAGGAGAGGAGCCCCAGGAGGUCCCAACGGGUCACCACAGCCACCCCAGGCCUGAUCUCCCCUGUCAGGCAGAGCCGCUUGAAGGAGGGCCUGAGGAACAGCUCCAGCUUCAGGCCUAGAGACUCUCAGCCCCAGCCCACUAACCACCUCCUGGACAACCAGCUCAGACCCAACAGCACCACCCUGUACCGGGAGAACCAGGUGGACACCUCAGAGGAACAUGGCCAGGAAGGGGCCUACGAUGUGGGCAUGGAAGGCUACGACUAUGGAUACGAGGAACCAGAUUACUUCUACAGAGACUAUGAUGAGGCUUUUCCCGGCCCCAAAGGAGACCCAGGUCCUCCGGGUCCUCCUGGUCCCCGGGGUCUACCUGGUCCUGCUGGGAAGAGAGGAGCUCGGGGUCCUACUGGUCCACAUGGAAACCCCGGCCUGCCUGGUCCUCCUGGUGCCAAGGGCUCCAAGGGCGAUCCAGGACUGUCCCCAGGUCAGGCCCCGCCAGGAGACAAGGGCGACAGAGGUCCACAAGGUGUUCCAGGUCCAGAUGGGUUCGCAGGUCCAACGGGUGCUAAGGGCUAUCCAGGGCCAUCAGGACAGCCAGGAGAACAGGGCAUACCAGGACUUCCAGGAGUGACUGGGGCUGCAGGUUACCCUGGCAGGCAGGGUUUGGCUGGGCCAGAAGGUAACCCAGGUCCUAAAGGUGUACGUGGUUUCAUUGGUCCUCCUGGUAUAGCUGGUCCACCAGGGCUAGAAGGGGAGAGAGGUAUUCCCGGUCCGGUUGGGAAGACCGGUCCCAAAGGAAGACAGGGAGUUGUUGGGGACGUUGGUGAAAGGGGUCAUCCUGGACCUGAUGGCGACGAGGGGCCUGCUGGAGGGGCUGGCAUGGGGGGCUUUCCUGGUCUAAGGGGAGACCCAGGACCUGAGGGACAGCGAGGACUGACUGGCAUAGUGGGAACUAUGGGCCUGGCGGGAAAAGCGGGGCUGCCUGGAUUGAAAGGUGAUAAGGGCGAACUUGGACUAAGGGGUGAACCGGGAGAGAUGGGUUACCAAGGUGACAAGGGUGCUGCUGGCUUGCCUGGACCUCCUGGACUCCGUGGGAAACCAGGCCCACCUGGUAAAUUGGGUGAGAUUGGACCACAGGGACCUCCUGGCCCACCAGGACCUGAGGGUUUUCCUGGAGACAUCGGUGUGCCAGGUCCCAACGGCCCUCCUGGACCUAAGGGCCUCCUAGGUACCAGAGGGCCACAGGGACCCCCGGGGCCAAAAGGAACAGAGGGUGAUGAGGGACCCCUUGGCCCACCUGGCAGCCCUGGUACUGCUGGGAGAGUUGGAAGGAAAGGCUACAUAGGGGAACCUGGACCCGAGGGAAUGAAGGGGGAGACGGGGGACCUUGGCGGCAUUGGAAAGAAUGGACUGCAAGGUCCAGCAGGCCUGAUCGGUACGUCAGGGGGAAUAGGAGAUCCUGGUGAAAAGGGUGACCGUGGUCCUGCAGGUCCAUUGGGUCUUCCUGGGGAGAAGGGGUCCAGGGGGUAUCCAGGCUUACCAGGCGGUCCCGGUGAUGUAGGUCUGCAAGGCCCAUUUGGUCCUCAGGGGCAGAGGGGUACACCAGGGGUCCCGGGGCCAAAGGGCAGAAGGGGGCCAAGGGGUGCAGACGGUCCACUGGGGGAACCAGGGCCUGAGGGCACCAAGGGAGAGCAGAGUGAAGGUGGAAAAAAAGGGGAGCCUGGGUUCAUAGGUAAAGCUGGCGGCCCAGGGGAGAGAGGCCUACCAGGGAAACCUGGGAAAGCUGGGAUCCCUGGCAGCACAGGAGAGAGGGGAGCCCAUGGUGAACCAGGGCCCAAAGGACCCGCGGGAGAAGCAGGACCUGAUGGAGAGCAAGGACAUGAGGGCGCUCCUGGCAGAGAGGGGGAGCCAGGUCCAGUUGGAGAACCUGGGAUAAAGGGCCACGGGGGGGCUGCUGGAGGAGAGGGGGAACAAGGACAGCAGGGAAUGAGAGGUCUUCCAGGUCCUGCUGGCGAGGACGGGCCCCAGGGAAAAGAUGGACCAAAGGGAGAGCCAGGUGACCGUGGGCCCAUGGGCGAGGCAGGGGACAGGGGGAUAGACGGAGACCCUGGGCCUCCUGGGGCCACCGGAGUGGCUGGAAAACGUGGUUUCCCUGGUCCAGAGGGGAAGCAGGGUCCCCUGGGCAACCGUGGUCGGCAUGGCAAGAAGGGUGAGGCUGGCAAACAAGGUCCUAUCGGUGAGACAGGGGACAUCGGGGACAUCGGCCAGGAAGGAGGGACGGGACUGAAAGGAGCCAGAGGAACCAGAGGCCCCACGGGUCGUCCUGGUGUUAUGGGGCCUGAGGGGAUGCCUGGAAUGGCAGGAUACACAGGCCAUGCUGGCAAACCAGGACCCAUAGGACCACCUGGACCUAAAGGUGAAAAGGGUUACCCCGGAGAAGACAGUAAGACCCCAGGACCUGCCGGGCCACUAGGUGAACCAGGUCUCCCGGGCGAGCGAGGAGAUCGUGGAGAGGCUGGAGAUGAGGGAUAUCAGGGCCACACUGGGAUCACUGGACAUCGUGGGGCAGUUGGAGCACCAGGUCUUCCUGGAACACCAGGGGAACCCGGAGAACCAGGCCCGAAAGGAGAAAUGGGAACUCAGGGCUUAGAAGGGAAGAAAGGAGCGAGGGGCCUGACUGGGACCGCUGGUGUUGAAGGGGAAGUUGGUUUACCUGGACCCAGAGGCAUGGAGGGAUACGCUGGGCCUGAUGGUCCUCCAGGACUAGUUGGGUUACCAGGAUUUCCAGGGAAGACUGGGCGACAGGGCCAGCGUGGCACCGUGGGGCAGGAGGGGUCGGCAGGACUACCUGGUCCCAGGGGGGGACUUGGUCUGCCUGGGUUGGUUGGAGAGAGGGGGCCUGCUGGAGAGAAGGUCAUCUACUGCCCUCACAAUCUACACCUUAGCCUACACCCAGUACCAUCUUCACCCCACACCCUGUUACCUCUUACCCCUAUGACCCCUCGGGAGUCUGGCUUGGCAGGAGAGAGGGGGACCCCAGGAAUCAAAGGCAUGGAGGGGUCAUCCGGAGACCAAGGCAGGAUAGGGGGACCCAGGACUCAAAGGACAACCAUUGUACCAGAGUGUGUUUGUUUUUCUGGCCUGCAGGGGGAGUCGGGAGACCUGGGGAUGAUCGGCUUCUCUGGUUUUCCAGGACCUAAGGGGCCAAAUGGAGAUUUGGGUUUCAAAGGCAUACCUGGUCCUAAAGGUCCUGUAGGCAUUCUGGGUUUCAGUGGACCUGUUGGCCCAGAAGGAAUGAUCGGCCCAAUGGGGAAACCUGGACCGAGGGGUCCAAAGGGAAGCCAUGGGGAAAUGGGACCCCAGGGGCCACAGGGACAUCCAGGGCCCAGAGGUCCCCCUGGCGCUCCUGGCCCGACCAGACGAAUCGAGUACAACUCUCUGUUUGAGUCCAAUGGUGCCUUGAGGACAGAGACCUACCAGAACACGGAGAUGUCCCUCUCGGACCAGAAUGCAGAGAUCUUUAAGACCCUGCACUACCUGAGCAGUGUGAUCGAGAGCAUGAAGAAACCGCUUGGAACCCGGGAGAACCCAGCACGGUUCUGCAAGGACCUGCUGGACUGCCAACACAAGCUUUCUGACGGACUGUACUGGAUCGACCCUAACCUGGGAUGUCCGUCAGACGCCAUUGAGGUCUUAUGUAACUUCACUGCUGGCGGGCAGUCAUGUCUCCACCCAGUAGCCUCUAACAAGCUGUCGUUCGGUUUGCAUAAAGUUCAGAUGAAGUUCCUCCACCUCUUGAGCACAGAGGCCAGUCAGGGCAUUACCUUCCACUGUCUGAGUGACCCUCCUUUCAGCCCCACAAACGCCAACAGCGCUGAUGACCCAGGACAGGAGUAUCAGGUCAGACCACCGAGGUUCAGGGGAUGGAACGGACAGAUGUUUGAGGCAGACACUCUACUUGAACCUCACGUGCUACUAGAUGAAUGCAGGAUCCAAGAUGGCAGCUGGCACCAGUCACGCUUCUUCUUCCAUACUCAGGACAGCUACGAGCUCCCCAUCAUUGAUAUACAGGAGCGACCGUCGUCACAGCCCAACGACCUGCGCCACCUCGAAGUGGGACCUGUCUGCUUCCUGUGAGGUCAUCAUCCAUCGCUAGCCUGUCUGUCCAAAAUAUAAACUAUAAAAAACCGAGCAUGGCAUAAGCAGGCCAAAAUGGCUGCUCCCCAAACCAAAGAAAAUCUCUGUAAGCCCAAGCAGAGUUGGUCAGGUCUACUCCCCCACUUGGGAUGCCCUUUAUGGAGUGUUUGUGAGUGACAAACGCCCUGUCCAAUCGAUGGCAGACUUUUGCGGAAGAACUCAGUCCACAGGAAACUAGGCCAGCUCAGGAGAGCAGUGUAUACCAAUAUUUGUCAAAUAAAUGUGUAAAGUGUGUCUGUUUUGUUUCUGUUUUUCAAAAGGUGCUUGAGUUCGUUGGAUAGUUGGUCCCUGAACUCAGGAUAGGGCUCAUCCACACAACACCCUCCUAAAACUCGAAUCCUGUACCUCCCUCCCUACUGUACCUCCCACCCCCUCCUCCUUCUCCCCCAUAAACACCCUUCCAGCCAUCCUCAGAAGGGGCCUAGCUAUCUGAAGGAAAGCUCUAGGGGCUUUGUAACAGGAAUACUGUACAACCAAAGCGUCAUAAGAGUGCAAUAGCUUGUGAAUUAAGAGUGAGAGAUUUCAUAUUGCAUUUUCAAUCAAAGGUCAACCGCCAGCUCGGACCGCCAUUUUGUUUAUUUUUAAUGUUUGAAUCUGUUGUCCAACACAGCUGGACGUUUACACCUUGGGUAAGUCCAAAAUGGCACCCUAUUCCCUAUGUAAUGCACUUGGUUUAACCAGGGCACAUAGAGCUCAAAAUUAGUGCACUAUAUAGGGAAUAGGGUUCUAUUUCGGACACAGCCCUUGAAAGAUGGUGCUCUACCUCCUGCUUGUAUGCCUUCUAAGUAUAGGUGCUUGUGUCAAGUAAUUUUUUUGUCCUUAUAAGUUGUAUGUACCGGUUACAUCAAGAUCUGUAUCUGUGUAAGAGUACUUAUUUGAAAUAUAUUUGAAAUGUAUAUGAAACAUUUGUUGAUAAAUUACAUUUUUUAGCUUUUACUUUUAAUUUUUAUUUGGUAGGAGGUAACCUAUCAUUGGUGCUGCAACAGACACAAGAGCGUGAGACAUCAGUGAGUUGUGAGACAUUUUUCCUGUGUAUAUUUUGACAUUAUAUAGUUGAUUAUUUAUAUCCUUUGUUUUUGUUCACAUUACUGUACCCCAAUAAAUUAUACUCUCAGAGAUCUAUUUGGUCAACUCCAACUUAGUCCAAAUAACUAUUUAUGUAAAAAUGUGUAUUUGUAUACUAUGUACACACAUUAUGUGACUGUUCAUUGUAUAUGUUCACAUUCACUACAAUGGGGAUUGAUAGCUCAUACUGGCAGCUAGCAUAGGCCAGAGUCAGAACACAUCAGAAAUAGCAACAAUCUUGUUCUUAAGUUAUGUUACAUUGAAAAAAGUGUAAUUAAAUAAGUAAAUGCUCUCGAAGAAUAAAGUUAAAAUUGUGUAAAUAUGAAAUAUGUUGACAUUAAAUAAAUGAAAUGUUUUAAU